CACAGCCGGUUCCUCUUUACAUAACGGCGCGAGGCGGCAUGGGCUCGGGCCACCGCCUCCGCCCGGCCGCCCGCCCGGACUGUCGCGGCCCGUGGUGGCGACGGCGGCGGCAGCAGCAAAUUUUCCCCGGCGGCGGCCCGGGGGCGCAUCCUCCCGCAACUGUCAAGCGCUGGCGGCGGAAAUGAUGAGGCGCUGGCCAUUUUCCGAGCCCGGGUUUCCUGCCUGAGCCCCGCUCGAGCGAGCCGCGAGCCAGGAGCCGGCGCGCGGGAGAGAACGCGCCCGGGGCGGGGGCCCGCCCGCCCCCUCGGGAUUUCGGGGGGCCGGGGGCGCGCGACGCCAUGGGCCGGCCGGGCCCGGACCCCCUCUCUCUCAGCCUGGCCGCCCCACCUCCGUCUCCGCCAUGAACGGGCCCACCCUGCAGCCCUCCUCGGCCUCCUCCGCGUCCUCCCCCUCCUCGUCGGCUGCAGCGUCGUCGUCGUCGUCGUCGCCACGGGGCUGGAGCGAGUUCUGCGAGCUGCACGCGGUGGCCGCGGCCCGGGAGCUGGCCCGGCAGUACUGGCUCUUCGCCCGCGAGCACCCGCACCACGCGCCGCUGCGCGCCGAGCUCGUGUCGCUGCAGUUCACCGACCUCUUCCAGCGCUACUUCUGCCGCGAGGUGCGAGAGGGCUGGGCGCCUGGGCCGCUGGGGUGCGGCCUGGCGCUGCGGCGCGCCCGGGGCUCCGACGGUGGCGCGGACCGCGUGCUGGAGCUCUUCGACCCGCCCAAGAGUUCAAAGCCCAAGCUACAAGCAGCCUGCUCCAAUAUCCAGGAGGUCCGGCGAUGCACACGCCUCGAGAUGCCGGACAACCUCUACACCUUUGUCCUGAAGGUGAAGGACCGGACAGACAUCAUCUUUGAGGUGGGGGACGAGCAGCAGCUGAAUUCCUGGAUGGCUGAGCUCCGGGAGUGCACAGGCCAUGGGCUGGAGAGCACAGACCCGGAGAUGCAUAUUCCCUCAGCCCUAGAGCCUGGCACUGGCACGUCCAACUCUCCGGGGGGAAGCACUGAUUCCCUGAACCAAGGUGCUUCUCCUGGGGGGUUGCUGGACCCAGCCUGUCAGAAAACCGAUCACUUCCUGUCCUGCUACCCAUGGUUCCAUGGCCCCAUCUCCCGGGUGAAGGCAGCUCAGCUGGUUCAGCUGCAGGGUCCUGAUGCUCACGGAGUGUUCCUGGUACGGCAGAGUGAGACACGGCGUGGAGAGUAUGUGCUCACAUUCAACUUCCAAGGCAUAGCCAAGCACCUGCGCCUGUCGCUGACCGAGCGGGGCCAGUGCCGAGUGCAGCACCUGCACUUCCCCUCCGUCGUGGACAUGCUGCACCACUUCCAGCGCUCCCCCAUCCCCCUCGAGUGCGGAGCUGCCUGUGACGUCCGCCUGUCCAGCUACGUGGUAGUCGUCUCCCAGCCACCAGGUUCCUCCAACACUGUCCUGUUCCCCUUCUCCCUCGCUCACUGGGAUUCGGAGCUGGGCCUUCCCCACCUUAGCUCUUCUGGCUGUCCACGGGGACUCGGCCCAGAGGGUCUCCCAGGCCGCUCCUCUCCCCCAGAGCAGAUAUUCCACCUGGUGCCUUCACCUGAGGAACUGGCCAACAGCCUGCGGCACCUGGAGCCUGAACCUGCCAGUCGAGCCCGGGACUCAGACUACGAAAUGGACUCCACCUCCCGGAGCCAUCUACGGGCCAUAGACAAUCAGUACACACCUCUCUGACGGGCGGUGAGGAACCCCAGGCCUCAUGCAUCCCCCCGAGGAGCACAAGCAAGCAGAGAUGUGAACUUGUGAAUGUAACUUUCUUUCCUUCCUUCCAGAGAGAGAUUUAAGGGACACUGUGAACUGCUCCUUCCGGUUUGGAUGUGACCCUUCUAUUAGGCCUGUUAAAGGGCCAUCUGUAAGUUUCAUCCGUCCGUCACUGGGCUUUCUCCUUAUUGUUUACAGAUGUAGUUCUGUUCACAGAUGCCACUGGCUCCCGCCCGGAGUCCCCAGGACCUGUCCCCAUCCCUCUUAUAGGAGAUGGUGGGGUGAGGGCCAGAGCUGGUGGUGGAACCUGGGUUCUUUUUUUCACUGACACUGUCACAGCUGGUGGCAGACUUUCGGGGUGGGGUGGGGGGUUGUCAGGAAGCCCAAAACACUAACAAGCCCUGGAUUCUCAUAUGGUUUGCCUGGCGUAGCCUCAGUCCACGGGGCAGGUCUGCUGGUACCUGUGCCAUAGGCGAAAACACCACUCCUGCUCUGACUGACUCGCAGCUUUAGGACAAAGCUCAAGGUUAAUUAUUUUAAACGUUUUACCUCAGAUUAAUUUUUCAAAGGAUUCAGGUUUCAAAACUCAAUUGCUUAUUUCAUUGCACUCUUUAAUACCCAUGCGAUUUUGUAGUCAGACACAGCUAUGCAAACCCUACUUGACUAGUUCCUGGUCUGAGCCAGCACGCCUGGCUUCCCCAUCUAUCUUUUUCAUCCCCAGGACAGUCACCUGCUGCUGAGUAGCCACUGUCCUUCCUAAAUGUAGAGAACUGAAGUGUGUCACCCUUUCAGGGAAAUUCAGGCAAUUACUGAAAUAGGAGGGUGGCAAGGAGUAAUUCUACCCUGGUGCCUUAUGAAUAAACUGGAUUGUGGUUUAUAGCAGAAUUAUGGUGAGAGUUAAACUAGUUUAACUAAGGGGUGAGGGAGGGACAAACAAAAAGGCUGGGCCCUUUCUUCUGGUAAAUCCUUCACCAACAGGGCCAGCUCAGAGCCCCCCCCCCCCCAGGCAUCUGAUGGCUUAUAAACUAUCCCACAAGGUUUUAGGCUCAUUCUCGAGCCAAAAUAGGAGCUGGGAAUCUGGUGCCACAGCUAAUAAGAAACUCUUGUAACAGCCCAUGAUCAGUGUUCUGUUCCAGCCGCUCACGGCUUCACUUGACGAGGAAUAUGUGUGCAUGUACACACGGGACGCAUCGUCUCCAGCAGCCAGGGGGUCCUGCAGUCGGAGCUCCAUCUGUACUUGCCUUUCACCAGUAAUACAAUUCACAGGGGAGCCGGCUCCUCCCAGAACUUUCAUGCAGAGGCUCAGAAACAAGGGGGGGGGGCAGUGAAGAGUGGAGCCAUUCAGUAGAGCCAUUAGACUCACCAAAGUGGCUUCUAGGAAACUGGGAGUUUAGCACAGCUUAACAUUUAUAGAUAUAUCAAUCAGAGGCUAAAUUUAACCCCUGGCCUAAAACUACUGCCUGCCUCAUCUGGGGUGAGGGUUUGGUCUGCUCCCUCCAGCCAUUCUUUGUAUUCCCAGAGGUCACUUUUGCUUCUAGAAUUUUCUGGGGUUUUUGGGGGGGGGUAGUGGAGGGGGCAAGCAGUCACCUCUUCACCACUUUAAAAACCAACGCUCCUGGGUGUUUCCAUAGAUUGUAAAGCAGAUCCGACCCAGAUUUGUGGUCUUUUCUAAGGACACUUCCUUCCUUCAUUUUUCUACACAUCAAGCAGGUUUCUCUAUGUAAUGAAUGCUCAGUGAAGUGUAAACCAGAGAAGUAAGCACUGUUCUGGAUUUCUCUUUGAGAAAGCUCAGCACAGAAAGUCAGUGCUGAGAAGUCACUGGUACAGAUUGUCCCCUUGUCCACACAGGAAAGGGGCCAAGUAGGCAACAACCCAAGUGAGUCCCCUCCCUCUAGCCAGAAGGGAUGGGACCUAAAUAUCUGGGAUUUGACAUCUUUAAGCCAGGGGCACUCACUUCAUAGCUGCUCACCAUACAAUUCUCAGGUAAUAGCAAGAGGCAAGCCAGGCACAGCAAACUAGCAGCUCUGACCCACUGGCUGCAAGGACAAGUUCAGACUCUGUGACAGAAAAUUGGAAGUUACCCACCUCCAGACUGCUUCAGUGUAAAAUGCUCAAGAAAAACACUUCUUUUAAAAACAUGUCCAAGUUCCCAGGACAGCUCAAAUACAUUCCGAAAAAAAGCCCCCUCAUGGCCUGAGAAGAAGUGACACUGAGCCAAUGCCUCUUCUUUCUGUACAGCAGGUCGAGAUAGAGGAAAAGGAGCAGCGGGUCCCUGGCCUUCAUGCCUUCACAGGCAAUGAGGCAAUGGCCCUGCCGGCUACAGCCAGCCCGGCAUGGUCACAGCAUACCCACCACCCUCCUGGCCCCAGUGUGACUGCUGCUGGCAGCAAGAAGCCAAGCCAACAACCUCCACUGAGAGCCCGGGUUCUGAGUGCCAGAUGGAUAGUAAGCACCACGAUCCCUCCAGUUAUCUCUAAUGACAGACAACAAGGAUAGCCUGACUGCUCCCAGCACCAUCACUUCCUUCUUCUGUCUUGAAUGAACUUUUACAAACUAACAGUCACCAGCACCAAAGAAUUAAGUCAACUAACCUGCCUUGAAUUUUAGACCAGCAAUCCAUAUGGCUUUAUCUGGUAUAAAUCUUCUGCCUUUGAUCAUUUCUGGACCGUGUAGGAAAAAGGAAUAGCAAUCAUUAAAAUCUUAGGCCAGAGAACACUAUUUUUACAUAACAGUUUCUUAACCUAAAAUCAAGGCCUUGAACUCUUCCCUAAGUGUUGCCUGAGAUUCCUUCAUGCUUUUAAUUCAGGGCUACAACUCUUAUCGCAAAUGUCAUGUGAGCUCUAACAUCUCCCACAGGCUUGAGGCACUUGAUAGUAUAUUAUCCACUGCCUCUUAACAAGGACACAUCUGAUACCCAGUGUUUGGCUGGAAUAAGCAGCACACGUAAUGACAACAGAGUAAAUGGAUCCAUUCUAUAUCAUUAUAGGCAGAAGGUAUUUGGCAAAUUUUUAUGUAUUGUUUAUGUACUGUACAAGUAACUUAUUCUUGAAUAAUGCAAAUUUUGCUAUAAUGUACAAAUUGCUACACAUGAAUUAAAAAAAAGUUUUCAGAA